UUUGGUACUUUUAACGUCGAUUAUAUCUUCCAUUUCGUUCUAUUCUUACUAUAUGACGGCAUCUAUCAACCUCCAUAAUACGAUGUUCUCUGCCAUAAUGAAAACCCAGCUCCAGUUUUUCUACACCAAUCCAACCGGCUCUAUAUUGAAUAGAUUUUCUAAAGACUUAGCAAAUGCAGACACUAAUGUACCGAAGUACUUGAUCGACUCUUUGCAGAACGGAUUGAGCGUGUUAUCAAUAUUUAUCCUCGUAGGAAUCGUCAAUCCUUGGAUGCUUCUAUGUUCCGUUUUCUUGAUAGUGCUCUUCUACUUCAUCCGAACCGUCUACUUAUCAACGUCUCGAGAACUAAAGAGACUAGAAGCUAUUAGUCGUAGCCCUGUCUACUCCCACCUCACCGAGUCUCUCCACGGCCUAGAAACCAUCCGAGUCUUCGAAAAGAACACCCAACAGAAACAAACUUUUGAACGCUUCAUUGACAACAACACUGCCGUUUUUUACUUGUAUAUCUCAAUCGCUACAACUUUCCGCUUCUGGUUGAGCCUCUUCUGCUCCUUCUAUGUCACUCUAGUCACCGCUAGCUGCUUCUGGGGCGCCAAAAUCUACGGCGGCAACCUCGGACUGAUUAUAACCCAAGCUACAAACCUCGCUGAACAGAUUAACUGGGGCAUGAUCCAGUGGAGCGAGUUCGAGAACGAAAUGACUUCCGUUGAAAGACUCAUCCAAUACAAAAACAUCGAGCCUGAGGAAGACACCGCAAAAGACAAAACAUGGCCCUCACUGACUUCCAUCGAGUUCAAGAACGUCUCUCUGCGAUACAAGGAAGACAUUCCGCCUGCACUAGACAAUCUUUCUUUCGCUAUAGCCCCGAAAGAAAAAGUCAGAAUAGUUGGAAGAACCGGGGCCGGGAAAACCUCGAUCAUUUCGGCUUUGUUCCGUCUGGUGAAGUUCGAAGGGACGAUUCUGGUAGGUGGGGUUAACAUCAAUGAUUUGUCACUGGAUAGUGUGAGGUCAAAAAUUUCUAUCAUCCCGCAAGAGCCGGUUCUGUUUUCUGGAACGGUCCGACAAAAUCUGGAUCCGUUUGGGAGGUUCACAGAUGGCGAAUUGUGGACGGUUUUGGGCGAUUUGGAACUAAAAGAGUUCGUGACGGAGUUUCCUGGGGGGCUGGAAGGUGCCAUUCUGGAAAGAGGGGCGAAUUUGAGUGUGGGACAGAGACAGUUGUUUUAUCUAGCCAGGGCUUUGCUGAGGAGGAAUGACAUUUUGGUGCUCGAUGAAGCUACAGCAAAUUUGGAUUACAAAACGGACUCGUUGGUACAGGGUACUCUUAAAAAUAAGUUGGUGGAUUGUACCGUGGUGAUUAUUGCACAUAGACUGUAUACGAUUAUGGACUGUGAUAAAGUACUGGUGAUGGAGGCCGGAAGGACUUCGGAGUUUGGGCACCCCUUCAAGCUUUUACAGAAUGAAAAAGGGGCUUUACAUGAUCUGGUUUCCAAGUUGGGGCCAAAUAUGGCGAAGCAUCUCAAGGAGAUUGCGGAAAAGAAUUAUUUUAAACGUCACGAAAGUAGUCAUUUGUGACACUAGGAAAUCCUGACAAUUAAUAAAAUAGCAACUAUUUUUUUAUACGAAAUGUACAUAUAACUUAUAAUAAAUGUGACAAAAU